GAAUACAAUACAAAGACUGCCUCAUGCCAUGCCAUCCAUUAUUACCACCAACCCAACAGCGGCGGCAGCUACAAUAGCUACAGCAGCCGUCGCCACCAUCAGCAUCAGCAGCUGACGUCAUCAGUGUCAACGUCAUCGUCCACAUCAUCACUGCAGCCGCCCCAGAACCAUCGUUACUCCCUCACCCAGGAUCGCAUGAAUCCCUUCGAGCUGGAUGUCUGUGAUCCGAGGGAGAUGGGCAGCAGGGAGGAGGAGGAGGAGGAAGAGGAGGAGGAGAACCAGGAGGAGGAGGAGGAGCAGGAGGAGGAGGAGCAAGAGGAGAAGGAGGAGCCGAAGGAAAAGCCAAGGCUACGAUACUGCGGGGGGAGUUACAUACAGAGGAGUCAGAUGAACCGGAGGCGCCACUACAAGUACGACGCCGUGGAGGAGUGCUGUCGUCCGAUUUGCCAGGAACAGCACUACGGCUCCAUAGCGGAUAUGUUGUAAGGGGGGGAUACGGGGACAGGAAACGGAAUCACUGUAAAGCGAAACGCAAGGUACCUACAACAAAGUAACUACAAAAGAAAUGCAUGAAAUGGAAAAGAGAGUAUAAUGAAGUCAUAUAUCAUAUAUGAGAAAUAGAUCGAGAUGAAUACCACCCCCCUGAAAAAGAAGAAGAAAAUGAACGGUCAUAGCUAUUGGCGCGGUAGGAGCGAUAAGAGAUAACGAUUAACGAUUAACGAUAACCGAUGAACGAAUUGCACAUGUUGAAUAGAUGUAUAUCGAAGUUUUUUUUUCCGGCGGCCGAGAUGAACAUUUUAAACUAAUCGUUACUAAGCACAGAAUUGAUCAAUAUAUAUAUUCAAAUAUAUGUAUUAUUAACCAUCUGGCAGAUCUGGCACCGCUAUAUAAUUAACUGUAUGUUAGGCAUAUGUCUAUAUGGAGUAUAUAUGUAACCCGCACUUACCCCACACGCAAAAACACAAAAACACCCACACUUAUAUAAAUAUAUAAAUACUUAUAUAUUUAUUCAUGUACAUACGAACUAUGUUAAAGCCAAUUUUUUUAUUGCAUCCGACUAGAAAUAUGUGACGGCGAUAAAUUUUUUUUGUGGACGAAUGUGGAGACUAGAUCUAGAAGAUUGCACCACCAUGUUGUCUACGCGUAAAGCAAACAUGAUCAUUAAACAUAUAUAAAUCUAAAUAUAUACGAUUUUUUUAUUAUUUAUAAACUAGCAAUGCUUGUACAUAGAGUAAAGAUUGUGGAUUAUAACUAUACGAAUAUUAAUAUUAAUAAAAAAGAAUAUUUAAUAAAAUGUGUUUUUUUUUUUUUUGGUAACUUAAGCUCUGAGUGUUAAACAAAUUGUAAAUAAAUUUGGACACAUAAACAAUUUAAUUGACGCACAACCAACAGACGAAAGGGCUGAGAACAAAUGCCAAGAAAAAACAAAAAAAAAAUAUUUGUCAAUGCCUGUCAACUUUUUGCAUUCGAUUCGAGUGGCGCAACGAGCGCGAAAAAAGGCAAAAUCGAUGGAAAAGCUUUAAAA